GUCGGAAUCAGCCGCUGAAGUGAAGAGCGUCGCAGCGAAUCGUUUAUCAACGCGAGGUGCAGCAGUCGGGAAAAGCCCGCGCUCCACUACCGCGGUGCUGCCUCCAUCGUGCGGCGGCUGCUACUACUUCUCGACGGUCGGCGGGAGAAGGACGACCGAGCGACCCAACAAAACGAGCCCGUGGUGUCGAGCGCGUGCGUUUUCAUGCGCCCGCUGCAAAGCGGUGGACUACCAGUAGCGAACUGCGGCAAUCCUGCUUGACGUAGCACAAGUUGGACGCGCCUUCUCAACAACGUGUUGUGAGUGUGUCACGGUGGUUGUGGAGUGGUGGUGGCCGAGGCAACAACGCUCGUUUCUUUAACGGUACCCACCGCCGCCGCUGUGCUACCGGAGCGUGUGUGAGGUGAUCUUGCCGCUACUGGUUGUGUGUGCUCGUGCGUGCGUGUGUGUGUAGUUGGUCAAACUUAUUCGCCGGAGGCUGGUGCGAUUGUGGCGGCGGUGGUGGCCUGGGCCACGCAACGUCGUCAUCGUCUUCUUUUACGAUCCGUAAAAACGGAACGCAGGGAAAAGAAAGUCGAGAACGAAAUAAACAUCGCCGCUCCACACCACGCCACGGAAGUUAGUAGGAACGGGGCGAUAUCUUUCCGAGUGCGCUACGUUUGAUCUGCAAACAACUAAACGAGUGGUUCGUUUAGCGUGGUACGUCGCUUCUUAAAUCGUUGAUCGUUUUUUGGGCUUUGUUGACGGUUCACAAAGCACACGACAUACAGAGGGAAGUUGCUCCUACGCGAGCCGAUUGCCUACCACGCUAGUAUCGACGUUGUUGCUACAGCUGACGACGGCGUGCCCUGAGCUGCACCAGCGAUCGAAGUGGCGCUUUCCGUGCUUUUGUUUUUUCUCUCAAGCGUGAUGCAUCACAGCUCACAGAGGUGUUCUACUGUUCGGUGUCGUUGAAAACAAGAAAGCAUAAAAAAAAGGGGAGGCGGUUUGGGAAGGUGCCUGUGUGUGUGUUGUGUCGAAGUCGGCAUGAGCGUGUUUUUCACGAGCAUGGAAGACGUUUCGACGGAACCACGACAGCUCUCCGCGGGAUGCGAGAAGUCGGCAUCGGCGCCGACUACACCGACCGAGACGACUCGACUUCAAGCGCACGGGGCUGCCCUCUCGUCGGCGCUCAAACGUCGCAGCAAGGGACACCGGGUGAACUUCCCGACGGACGACUGUAUCGUCACCGGCUACGUCGAGCCUCCGAACCCGUGGAGUAACGCAGCUCCCGUCUCCAAGUCUGAGGACCUGCUGGAGGCGUACCAGGCGUCCUGUCAGAAGCACGGCGUGGAACCACUCACCAGGCUAGUGCAGCAGCUAGAGGCAAUAGGCAUUGUGGGCGACCGGACUCAGGACCUGAAUUUAAAAGGAGAGAAGCUUGAUGCCAGGCAGUGCGAAGCCAUGGAGGACAUCUUCAAGGCCAUGCAGUUCGACUCCAUCAGCUUGGAGGGGUGUCACUUAGAUGACGAGGGAGCUGCCACAGUGUUUGACAUGAUCGAGUACUACGAGUCAGCGCGGAAGCUCAACAUCUCGCACAACCGCAACAUCGACUGCCGGGGCUGGCAAGCCUGCUCAAGAAUGCUCAAAAAGACUCCCUGCUUGCAGCACCUGGAUGCCAGAGGCACAGCGCUGAGCGAGCAGACCCUGCUCGUCCUUGGACGGGCACUCAGGCUUGGCUCGCACCUCAACUCCUUGCACCUCGAGAACUGCUCCCUCACGGGCCGCUCACUCGUCAUUUUAGUGGCUGCACUGAAGCUGAACCCAGCUCUGAAGGAGCUCUACCUCGGUGACAAUGGGAUGUCGUGCGCUGACGGCCUGCAGCUUGCAAACCUGCUGCGGGUCAACACGCGCCUCGAGUACCUCGACUUGCGUGGGAAUAGUCUGCAAGACAUUGGCGUCUCGCAUCUCUCGGACGGGAUAGCGCAGCAGCCCGACAGCGCCGACAAGGGGCUCAAGACUCUGGUGCUCUGGAACAACGGCAUCUCGCCGGCAGGCAUGAGGCACAUCUCACGGGCCCUGGUUGCCACGAAGUCCCUGAUUACCCUCAACUUGGGUCACAACGCCAUUGGGGACGACGGCUUGCUCAUUCUGCGCGAGGCGCUCAUGCGCAACAAGUCCCUCUGCAACCUGGGCCUGCAGAACACGAAGAUCACUUGUGAAGGUGCCAUUGCCCUGGCAGAGUUCAUCGCCGACAGCCAGAUCAUCGCGAGGUUGGACCUGCGGGAGAACAAGAUCGAAGUUGGCGGCCUCAUGGCGCUUGCUCAGUCGCUGAAGCUCAGCAAGAGCGUCACGCGGCUAGACCUGGACCAAGUCAAGGCUGAAAACGACGCCAAGGACAGCGUCCAGGACCAGCGAAGGCUCCUCCUGGAGAUUGGCGAGCAGUGCCGCCGCAACAAGAGGCUCCUCCGGCUGGCCUCGGUGUCCAGCGUCUGCAACGGCAUCUCGGAUCCCAACGCACCUUGCCUGCCAGAGCUCGCCAACUCCGCAGUCCUCGCAAACGGCACCAUAGUGGUGGCCACUGCCGCGACCACUCAGGCACGGCCGCCCUUCAACACGAGCCUCUCCGUCAACGCCGUCACGGGUGGCAACGCUGCACCUCCGUCAAGCCCGGGAACUAGCAGGUUCCGCGUCUCCCGCGUCUGCCUCGAGACGGAUGCCGAGAACGGACAGGUAGCGGUCCCAGAGAACCCGAACGCCGCGCAGCUCCGCGCCACCGGCACCGACGCCGCCUCGGUGACCCUGGAGCGCUCCUACAGCGCCCCGGCCUCCGUACCAUCUCGCUUCACCGUGACGCCCGUCAAUGGGUUUAAACCCGCCGCGACAUGCAUCGAAAAGAAGGAGGAAGAAGCAAUGCCGGACGUCGCGGUGGCGGAGUCGCGCGACGGCCGCACAAAUGGACUCGGACACCGGGAGGACGAAGUCGAGGACGAGGAAGAAGAGGAGGAGGAUGAGGAUGACUUUGUAGGGCACGCCGUCUCAAAGCCCGUCACCAUUGUGGCAGCUGGAGCGUACCGCCGCGGCAGCGCGGACGACUUUGAAGAGGGAGGAGCAGACGACGAGGGAGGGCAGAGAGACGAGGAAGAGGAAGAACAAGAGGCCAAGGACUCGCUCUCAGCGCCGCCCUUGCCGAUGCCCGGAAGGACAAGUCCCACCUGGUUCAUGUACCCCUCCGUGUCUACAUCGGCAGUGCCGAGAAAUGGGAUGGCGGCGCCCCCUGCCUCUGGCAAUGUUGGGGAGCGCAGGCGCAAGAUCAGCUUCCAGUUGCCCGAGGGCACGACAGGCGAGGGAGGCCGGCUCCUCAACGGCCGAGGCGACCGCCGGAUGAGCACGCCCGCCAUGCCGGUGUCGAACAGCACCGCGCGUAAGAAGCUCACGGCGCUCAAGCUGUGCAAGAGGCUGGAAAGCCUGGACUUGCGGAGCACGGUGCCCCUGUCGCCGACCCGGCUCUUGGAAGGCUGGGCAUUCCCAGAGCCAUCUGUGGACUUUAAGUACCCAUCGGAGUGAAUGCCUCGCUCGUGACCUCACGAAUGAAGCGGGUUCAGCAGAUCAGCCUCUGAUCCGAAAAAGAAGCCGGACUUGCUUGCCAGAGACGAUUGCGCUUGCUCUCAAGCUACUAAUGUUCCUAAGUAUUCGAAGCAAGAUAUUUAAGUUGCUUUUUUCUAAGUUAUUGAGCCUUUUCAGACAGCUUCCAUACAACGCCGCCCACUUUGUUGAUUUUUUUUUUCUUCAUGUUAUUAUCAGCAUCAUGUGAUGGGUCUACAUGUGCAGCUGCUGUUUUGGUCCUUUUAUGUUUUCACGAGACGUUUUCGUUCACAUUGUUGUCGUCUCGCUUUUCUGUCACAAGUGAACAGGUCGAAUUUGUCGUUUGCAAUGGUCACAUUGGUUGCUGAAACUGACGCUUCACCUCUCCUGGGUGAUGAAAUUUGAGUGGCCACCGCAGAAAAAUCGCGCUGCAAAAUUCGCAGCCAGUGAUGGCGGCCUGUACAUUGACUUUGACUGAAACAACACGAAAGAAAGUUCUCGCGUUUCUGUUGCAGUGGAAACGUUUUCAUUGACGUUGUACCAUACCUAUCGUUGCUGUGUGAUGAUGUAGCCUUGAGAAGCAGUACCGGUGACUGGCGGUCGAAAUGUCCGUCAUUGUAAUCGUCGGUCAGUGUGUUUCGCUGUCAUCGGCAUUGUCACGGGAAGCUCACACGUUGUGAUUGUUACGAUGUGCAGAAAACAUGUUUUUCGUAUAGGCAUGAACUGUAAAAUGAAAGUAAACUUUUAGCCAUGAGAAAACAACAGGCAAAACGCUGUCGUGUCUCGCAUGAUAGAUAGCAAAACAUUUUGUUUCUAAUUUUCUUUCUGUCUGUAUUCUUUUGUGCGUCACGCUCAUUUUGUUGGACCCAACGCUGAGCUUCGUAACGCAGAAGUCCGUUACAGAUUAAACUUGCUAAUUAUGACAUUGUUAGGCUAACAAUGUCACAAAGGCACGCCUAUAAUGUUUCUGUAGUCCUGUUGCCAAACGGUGUGUUACACGUCAUUUUAAUUAUGUCAUUGUCUUCAUUUAAAAUACACCAGAAAGCCAAAAAUGCCAUUAAGGAAGUGGCUUGAUCUAAGCUCGUUAAGUUUAGAAAAUGUAGCUCAAUUUUUUAAAUGCCUUAGUUGAUGUGAUCGACCGCAGUUUUAAGUGAAUGAAUGUGUCAACUUUAAAAAAAAAUUGAUUUCACAAGCUUUCAGCUUAACGAAGUCACGAUGUGAAGAACAGCAGGUCGCUAUGAUAAAUUGCUCUGAGCUGAACAUAUUAUGAUAUUGAAAGGAGAACAACGUCACCUUCUCAUUCUACGUUUAAUCUUAAAGGCGUCACAUUAGUCGUAUGAGGUUGUGAAAGGUUAUUGUUUGUUCAUUAUAGGUAUAGUCACCAAGUUGAGUUUCUGUUUUUUUUACAUAGUUCAUUUCGCCCUCUCCUUCUAAAUGCUUCGAAGCGUGCGUUGCAGAGCUCCAAAGUGACAAAUAUGUCUCGCCCUUUUUUAUAGGAUAUAAUUUCAGUUAUUGCUUCUCCUUUCUUAUGUAUAUUUGCUAUUCAGUCUUAAAGAAUUUCGUCUGAGCUAGAGCAGCAGUGGCUGCGCGAGAGCAUUCACGUCGUAAUUAACACAGUAUCAUAGUAACAUCAUACGCAGCGUAAUUUAUGUCGUUAGUAGUUUAGCAGAAUUCCGACUUGAAGUCAACAGUGGAAGUUAUGUUUCUUACUACUGUGAUGGUUUCUAAUUUUUUACAUUGUGUCCUCAUCGUCAUGUACAAUUGACUUUGCUAGUGCGAGUCAUGCGUUUCCGUUGUUCAUAAUUAUGGACUUUCAUACGAAAAAUUCUACACAAAAAUCUGGCACCGAAGUCAUUAUUAAUGCAUUAAGGGACAGCUGUGAAUCUUUUUAAGGGACAUUGCAUCUUGUUAAAGGUUGCCAUUGUCCCGUUGUCAAAGCGCAUAUGCUUUUUUUAUUUGGAGCUGUGUUCUUUCGAUUGCUUUUUUUAGAGCAGGUAAAUUCAUUACUAUUCAUGUCCGAAUCAUUCUGUUGUGCAUUUCUCAUCACAUAAACAGUAAAUGUCAACAAUUCUAGAUUAUGUCUGAGCAGUUAUGUUCAUCGUUAGUACUUAUUUUUGCACGAAACAGUCUCUCUUGUCGAUAACGUCCCCAAAACAGUUUUGCGCAUAAGAAAUUGAGCGUAAGUGCGGUCACAAAGAAUUUAAUUUCAAGAAGUGUAUUCAAAGACAGCAGGACAGUUUUUUACAAAUCCAUGUGCUGCUUUUCAUCCCCACUGAACAGCACCCCAGAAACAAAUGCCACCUUGUCAAAUUCUGCCAUGUUGGCACUUUGGGCCAAUCAGCACAUGGUGAAUUCAACUGUGUUGCAUUAUUUGACAAUAUUUAAAAUGUCAUCUCUGCACUAGUUGGCAGCCAUACUGGCAGUACAGGCAGACGUAAUAGUUGCUCACAGAUUUUCUUCUAGCAUUGUUGGUGUAAAGUUUUACGUUUAUAACUGUGUGGAGUUUCAGUGCUUGGGGUCUUGGUCACAGUGUCUGGUUUUUGUCGUUCCAAUGGUGAAUUUUUGCUUUUUCUUUUUGCUUUCGUGAUCAUUGCAAGACCAUCAUUGCCAUCGUAUAAGGAGUUGUCCUGAGAGUUAUGAAAACGCCAAUGCCGAAUACACUGCGAUUGGCUCUUCCCUGGAUUCCAGGAGUUUGUGAGACUCUCAGACCCAGUGACUUUGUACUGAUAUCAGCAUCAAACGUGAUUAUGGGCUUUUAACGUGAACUUAAGCAUGACGGAGUAACCUAGCUUCCAGCAUGCAGUUAUAAAACACUGCUUUGCAAUUUUUACACGUCACUCACGUCGCUCUUCCAGAUUUUCUCGAAGCGUUUCAUUUCUGUGGUCGGUGCUGUCACAAACGCAUUGUUGGAACGGCUAUGAAGCAUUUCUUCUCGUACACUUUGGCUAAACCAGCGAAAUGGAUUCACAUGACAAAAAGAAAGCUUUAAAGCUUGGACACUAACUAUCAUAAUCGUUCAGCAGAUGUAAUUGCGAAUUGCAGCUUUUGCGUGUUCGCAGUAGAUGUGAUGUUUUGGUUGAGCUAGGCUAGAUAGAAGAGGUGGAAUUCGUUAAAUCAUAGCCAUUCAUGAAAUGAAUAACCGGUGUUCACUUUUUUUGGUCACAAAACUGAUACAAUACAGAAAGCAGUAUAUAAAUUCGGCGGUAGCUAAAAAAUCGCACAAAACAAUGAAAACAAAAAAAUUUCGUGUGGCUGAGUGCAGGUGUGACUGAGAUCUCGAUAAGAGUCAUUUUGUGCCUCACUGUAUGUGUAAUUAGGUGCCUGGUAAUGACAAUUAUGCUGCCGAGUUCAGUGAGGGGGUAGAUGCUCGGAGAAGCCACGAUGUCAUGAAGAAAAAAAGGUAGAAAAUAUUUUUUCGACAUUUAAGCAGAUGUUAGACUACGAUAGUUUUAAUUAUAUAGUCUAUGAUGAUGUAGUCAAAUUUUAAGAUGGUGAAUAUAGAUAUACUGACAGCUAGUGUUGAAUCGUUAAGGAAACAACUGCAAUAGAACUGAAGAGAAUACCUUUUUGGCACGUUAUCCGAUGAAAGAGUAAUCCUCGGCCUUUUUUUUUUAAAGCCAGUGCAUUAACUAUAACCAAGUUGAUCGAAUGAGCCUUUGAAAGUAUAGAGAAUAUAACUAUAUGUCAUAGCAUGAUAUUUUUAUGUGGAGAUAUAUAAUGCAAAGAGGUACCACAGAAGGGAGAUGAAGUAGGUAUAUGACCUUACUAUGAAGCACGAUGCAGUAGGCAGUCAUUUGCAUUACCAGUACUCUGCAUUUGUGUAACUACAGCAGUUACACAAAAUGUAUUUUCAAUGUUGAAGCUGUUCACGGUGAUGCAAGAUCCAUUGCCGACAAUUGGAGACGCAGUGAUGUCAUUAUCUAUGGCAUAUAAAACAUCUUCCAGAAACCGAGAGCAAUUCGGCAAUGCCUGAAGCGUGCUUGUGCCUCCAAAAUGUUCAAUUGUUAAAUGUUCCAUCGUACAUGCUAUAUAUUUACAUUCGUGGCUUCCUAUGACGUACGUUCCUAUAUUGCAUGUCAAAGAUGCUUGUUAUUUCUCUCGAACGAAAAAUUCCGUUGACAUGUGCCACAUAUUUUUUUUUCGACCCUGCUGUACUACUGUGGACAAAUUAAGUGCACAUUUCUUAAAAUGUGUACAUGAAUAGAAUUUCGUUUGACACAGUGAUUUCUCUUCUAAUUUAAGUAACAGAGUAUUGUGCAACAACAUUCUAAUCAAGCACCGUAAUAUGCCGUCUCCAUAAAAAACUGUCUUUCAAGUCUUGCCAUUCCAACUGAAAAGAGAUACUUUCAAUUGUCUGCAGUAGUACAAUCGAAAAACUCUGCAAACAGCUAUUCUGCCGGCAUUUCAAUAUUUAGGUGAAACCUCAGCCUGUCUUCCCAGAGGCACUUAUGUUGAAAGUGUUAGACUGAGCACAUGAGGCCACCAUUUCUCUUGGCACGUCGCUCUUGUGAUAUACACAGUAUGUUUUAUAAGUCUCCAUAAAGUCGCCAUAAAGCUUGAAGAUUGUCAUUGGCAUAAGUUUUCCGUGAAUUCUGUUCUUCCUUCACAGUGCUCGAGCAAGGCCACGUUUCUUUAUGGCUCGCGCAUUUAUUGUUUGCGCAUGUUCUUUCCACAUUUGGUAGUGUUUUGCUGAAUGUUGCUGUCGUUGUCGAACUAAACGACUAGUUAGGAUGUAAUUUUGGUUGAAUUUUUAUCACCUAACACCAUUUUAGCGAUUUUAAAAUUAUUGCUACCAUCAUUUCGUGUAUGUAGCGUCUAUUUUUAUUUUGUUUAUUUCACACUCAAUGUUGCUUUUUGGCAGAGUGGAUGUUGCAGCAUGUUUGAAUGACAGUGUGUGUCGAUGAAUGAGACGCCUAUUAAAACUUCAUAGUGCUAUUUUCGUUAUAUAUUUCUGGAACAUACUUUGAAGUAUGCCAUUAAUCAUGUGUUGUCUUAGGCAUAUGUGUAUGCAAAUUUGCCCACUAUUGUUUCAGAACAUCGUACAUGAUUGAAUAUUGAAACUGUGCCAAGUUAGAAUGUCUGUUCUUGGAUGUAGGUUCGCAACGGUAGUUAGUGAUAAGUGAUACACUCGGGAUGAAAACAGCUUUGGAGGAAAUGUCAACUAGUUUGUAGGCGAUAAGAAAAAAAAACGGCUCAGUGCCAUUCAGCACUCCAGGAGUUACGUUUGAUAAGUUUUUCUUAACGUCAGCUGUACGCGUCCGACCACUAUCCGAUUUGUGACACGAAUUCCCACGUAUACCUAUGAUGACUUGCCUUGCUUUUCUGAAACACUUGCAGAUGCGAGCGUGUAUGUCUGCAGAAAUGUGAAGGUGACAGAUCAAUGCUAUUUUGGAGCAUCAUAUCUUCAAGAACCCCUUUGUCUCGCCCACGGUGCAUUUCUGACCAAUAAACUGCAUGACUUGGAGUCAGUGUUAGACAUUCUCCGGCUGAGCUUGUUACGUUCACACGCAACGGGAAUGCAUUUCUACGAUGGAAACCUACAGGUUCACUGUGGUUGCAAUGGAAAGCCUGCAGACAUGUCAACACACAAUAUUUACCCUGGCAGAAUUAAACAGGUGCACAACUGCUUUCAUGUGAGUUACAAGUGAGCGCCUGUCGCGUUCGGAGCUGUCUCCUAUUUCCUCACCGCGACAGUAAGGCGACAGAAGCUUUGUGCAUCGCCGCGCAAAUGACGUGAAACUUCCACCUUCUCCAAGGUUUUCCAGCGUAGCAUGUACAGACCCCUUCGCAGCUUUCUGGAACGCUUGAGUGGUUCGUUUUAACAGCACAUUUGUGCCGUCUGUGCUGGGAAAAUUUAGUCGUGGAGGUCUUUGCACCAGGAAUUUUGAGCUUGGAAGGUGGUACUCACUCUUAAGUGGACUCUGAAAAGGCGAUGCUAUCACGAUUGAGUUUCCCCUCUAGCUACUAGCACGACCACCCAAGUUGUGUCCCAUAACUACACUUCACCGCUUCUUCUAAGCUUUCGUCGUGCAAGUGCCCUCUGUUCUGCAGCUUAAAAAAAAGAAAGGUUUGAUGCUGGUGAGCAGACCUGUAAAUAUCAGCUAACAGAGCUGUCUCUGUAGAAAAGUGGUAGCUAAUCAGUCUAUCGUAACUUUCGUGUACACAACCGGUGUCUCUAGCCUUGUGAUGAUCUAUAUAUAAAUAAUGUGCAUGUCAUUGUGAUAGACGUAGCGUUGUGCAUGUUUGCACGCAAAUAAAGCAGCAUUAAACAUAAUGUGUCUAACUUUAGAAGCCUCUCUUUUUCUGCCGUUUGCCUCGUAUGUAUGACACUGAUCUCAUGUGAUUUGCUGUUGUCGUCUUUUUCUGUCUCCAAUUUGACUCGCGGAGUGCGGGCGUUGCGUCUUCGUUGAGAGGGUUGUUGUGCUGCUUUCCUUGGAGACAUUACGAGUUGAGGCGCACUGAGUUUGAAGGGUCGACGUUGAGAGCUUGGACUUGAUUGGGAGUGUUGGCAGCUUGGACUAUGAUUUGUGGAGCCGAAAUCGCAAACUGUUAUUCCCAAAUCAAAAACGCGAGUGUUGCAGACUUGGGCAUGCUUGCUUAGAGAAGAAUUCACUGCACCCACGCAUGCCUAAACUGCCAUUUCAUAACGUUUCUUCCUCGUUAGAUGUCUGGAGCUACGUCUCCGGCACUAUUUCAUCGUAGAUGUGUUUCUCAGUUUCCCAUGCAGAGUUUAGUACGUAUGUUGUCGAUGGACUUCCUCACUAGUAUCAAGCACUGCAAACUUCCAGAGCAUAUUCCAGUGCGAGAAUAAGCGUAAAUUGGGAAUUACGUCAAGCAUGCUUAUGAAGUGUUAUUGUCAUCGCAUCAAUACUUUCAUUUUCAAACUGCAUAAUGACCGUGCCAUAUGAUUUUGCUGAAAGUGUGUUCUUGACAGUUACUGGUGAACUGAGUAGCUUUGUGUGUUACGCAUUUUCGAUAUAAUAAAACUGCUGAUAUCACACAUUAUUAAAUAAGCACAUUGACAAUGGUUGCUGAUGCUGGGUCAAAAACAGGCCCAGAACAUGUUUCAUGUUGCCGCUGGUUUACUUGUUAAACAAGUAUUAGAAGUCAUAAGAGCUUGGAAGGCACUUGAAGCUCUUAUUUAUGUUCCAUGUCUGUUUGCUCGUCUGCGAUAGUGACAUUAAAUGCCAGUACAUAACAGCAGCAAAACUAAAAAGUCACAAUGUUUGUUGCUUACUGAAACAUUUUGUCUUGUAUGCAUACGUGUGUUAGGUUGUUGUGUUGUAGGAUCUCAUCAUAGUUGCAUCCCAAACUUCAUUCUUUCAAUUUGCCCAAACGCUUUUUGUUUCUUCAUCGGCUCCGCACAUCUUGGCAUCAUCGAAAAGCGUGAAGUUACAAACCUGGUGAACGUGAUUGAAAUAUGUACAUAAAAAAAAGCUUGCAUAUUUGGAGUGAGAUGUUGAAAGAGAAAGCAACCUUUCCAUUUUUUGCGUGUUACAUAUAUAAGGUUACGAUGUAUAAUGUACUCUGUACUCCAAUGCACAUAGUAGUGUUUCUGUGUCCUGUACUGAAUGUCGAGUUUGACGGAUUAGAGGAAGAGCCUUUAUUUUGUAUAGCAGAGCCUACUUCCCGGAUGUUCAUGUUUUUGACAGAGUCUGUGUAACUUGUCGUUGAGCAUUACAUCAGUGUUUAAAGGCUGUUGAUGUUGUGUCAUACAACUCUCAAUGUAUAUAACUGUUCAAUAAAUCAAUGUUCAUGUUACGGUG